AUGAAAAUCCCAAAUUAUAUAUUUGAAUAUAUGUUAACAUGUAUAAUUAGAUAUAUAUAUAGGUUUUCAUAUAGUCCAAUUACUCUAAAUAAUAAUGAAGUUAUAAACUAUGCUUUGGUUUCCUCAAAUUGGUUUGAAAUUAUAACCAAAAUACUAUCAGUUAUUAAAAUCAAAAAUUACAAUUUAUUAACUGGAUUAAUUGAAGCACCAAUAUCACCAACAAAUCAACAAAUCCAAAAAUAUAAAUUGAUUAAAUCUAAAGAUUCGGUUAAAGUAUUUAAUAGUUUUCAACAAUUUAAUGAAGAUAAUAAUAGGGACUAUAGAAAAAUAAUUUUUGAUUUAACACAUACACCAGGCCUUGAAGCUUUUAAAUGUCUAGAUAUGUAUCCAAAUGAUUGUGAAAUUAAUUUAUCGGCCUUUAGAGAUGAGUUAACCAGUUUUCUAAGUGAUACUAGUAGUAGUAUCCAUAUUUGUAAAAGAGAUUUCAGUAAAAUUAAAAAGAUAUCAAUAGCAGAAGUAUCGAGUGAUUUAGUAUAUAGAUUAUUAAACAUAAAUUAUAAUGGAGAAAUAAAUUAUUAUGAUAUCUUUUUUUAUUCAAAUUUUAAAAUAAAAUUACAUUUUAAAGAAAAUAGUGGAAAUAAAAUCAACAUAGACCCACUUGUGUUUAAUCCUUCAGAUUAUAACAACAACAACAACAAUAAUGAAAGAGUGUCCCUGGGUAUUUUAAAAAAGUUCAGUUUAGAAACUGAUUUUGAAACGUUGGUAGUUAAAGCAGCAUCAAAUACAACCAAUAAUGACACUUUGGAAAAACAAUGGGACUAUAUUGUUAACAAAUUAUCAACAGAUCAAACAUUAAAGAAAUUAACUUUGAAUCACACUUGUGAAAAAGGAACGUGUGCUUGCUUUCAAGGAUUAGACCAAGCUUUGGUUUAUAAAGGUUUUGCUGCAAUAUUAUUAAAUAACUCAAGAGUUAGUACAAUGGAAUUAUAUUCAUAUAUAGAAGUUGAUCAAGAGAUUUUCAAAGGAUUGGCAGGAAAUAAAUCAAUAAAAUCACUUUCAAUAAAUGGAGACAGUUUCCCAACGAUUAUAAGAAGUGUACUAUCAAAAAAUAAAACCAUCAGAAAUAUAUUUGUUUCAACACAAAACGUCGAGAAUGUAAUAGAAUCUUUACACCUUCUACAAAACAAUAAUCAAAUCGAUUUAUAUUCAAUAACUUUUGAUAUUCGUGCACCCGAUAUCAAAGAGGUUCUAAAUUUAAUCAAAUUAAAUAGCUACCCAAAUAUCCAACAACUCAAUAUUUACAAUCACCAUUACUUCCCAUCAAAUAUAAAUGAAAUAUACCAUAUGAAACCAAAAAAUACAUUAAUUAAUGUUGUAAACAAUAUCGAAAAAAAUUAA